UGUAACUGGUGGUCUUCUGUUUAUCAGUUACACUGUAACACAGAGCGUGCUGGAUGGGCUGAUAGCGAAGACCUGCCCUUUCUGGUCCCCACAAACUUCAUAUCUCCUCCUCCGACCUCGCCUCCACAUCUCAUGUUUCCUCUACUUAACCCGUUCAGCUGCAGCUUAAACAGGCUGCCUGGAGCUGGGAACACCACUCUGGAAGUGGUUCCUGAAGCCUCAGGCUCCUUUGCCUUCGUGGCUGCAGCAACAUGAACCUGAAAACUGUCCUCAUCCUCCUGGUUCUGGCGCUAGCCACAAUUUUUGCUUUGGUUUGUGUGUUGCUGACUCGAGGAGUGAAACCAGCCAGCUGUGAGCCGCAGAGCCUGAGCAGCCAGGAGGGAAAGCACAGCGACCAGAGCCUGGUCUUUGCUGAUCUGACGCCAGAAGAAAUGGUGCAAGUGGUGAGGUACCUGCAGCGCAGCCUUGGGGUGCCAUUGGUAGAUGCCUAUAAUGCAAACCCCUCUGAUAACUGCAUUUACUACGUCGAUGUGCAGCUCCCCACCAAGGCCGAGGUGCUGGGGUUCUUGGAUCGUGGGGGCAGGCGACCCCCCCGGCAGGCGCUGGCUGUGGUGUAUUUUGGAAACCAACCGGAUCCGAAUGUCACGGAGUACGUGGUGGGUCCCCUGCCAAAGCCAACAACUCACCAGGACAUCACGGUGCAGAAGUACGGAGGGAAGCUGCCGUAUCACCGCAGACCGGUGCUAGGGAAGGAGUAUGAGCAGAUUGAAAUCUUCUUACAGAGGGAGACGUUCUCAACAGCCCCUACCUUCCUGAAUCAAGCAUUUGAUUAUAAUGGGACCAAUUUUGUAUCGCUAACCUCAGCCCCCCGGGGGUUCCAGUCUGGAGACCGCACCACCUGGUUUGCUCUGUUCCACAACGUGAGCGGCUACUUCCUGCACCCGGUGGGGCUGGAGGUGCUGGUUGAUCACAGCAGCCUGAACGUCUCCCAGUGGCGGGUGAGACAAGUGUUUUAUAACGGCCAGUACUACGGGGACUUGGUGCAGCUGGAGAGCGAGUUCCAGCAGGGCCGUGUCAAAGGGGUCCCAGUUACGAGAGCCCCACCCGACGGGGGAUUUUCUUCCAUGCAGCCCCGAGCACCCCCCAGGGCUCCGUUCCCUCUGCAGUACGAGCCUCAUGGGCCCCGCUACAGUGUCCGAAACAACCAAAUCGUCUCCCGGGCCUGGAGCUUUGCCUUUGGGGUGAACGUGAACACGGGGAUGCGUCUCUUUGACAUCAGAUUUAAGGGGGAGAGGAUUGUCUAUGAAAUCAGUGUCCAGGAUGCUAUAUCUGUCUAUGGGUCCAACUGUCCUGGAGGGAUGUCAACCAGGUACAUGGAUGGGAGCUUUGGCAUCGGGAGAUUCACGUACCCGUUAGUCCGAGGGGUUGAUUGCCCCUAUUCAGCCACCUAUGUAGACACCCACUACUUAGUUGAAACAGAGACACCAGAAACGCAUAAAAACUCCAUCUGUAUUUUUGAGCAGAACUCUGGGUCUCCGCUGAGGCGCCAUUACUCCAACUUGCAGUCCCUGUACUAUGGGGGUCUGACCAACUCUGCUCUGGUCCUUCGGUCCAUUGCCACUCUGGGCAACUACGACUACGUCUGGGACUUCAUCUUCUACCAGAACGGAGCUAUCGAGGCCAAAGUCCAAGCCACAGGCUAUAUGACUACGUCCUUUCUCUACGGUGACGGUCUGGACUAUGGCAAUAGGGUUGGGGAUCACACCCUGGGGACGGUGCACACCCAUUCCAUCAAUUAUAAAGUGGACUUGGACGUUGGAGGGGUGAAUAAUACUGUGGUGGCCCAUGACAUGGCAUUCGAGUCUGUGCAGGCUCCUUGGAGUCCAGAGCACCAGAUACAGCGCCCACGGCUCACCAAAGCAGUCCUGGACACCGAGGACAAGGCUGCGUUCCGGCUCCAUUCAAACAUGCCCAGAUACAUCUAUUUUGCAGCCAACAGUAAAAAUAAGUGGGGCCACCGGCGUGGCUACAGGAUCCAGAUCGUUAGCUUCACCGGGGAACAUCUGCCAGAAACCAGUUUGAUGGAGAGAGCGAUCAGCUGGGGGAGGUACAAACUGGCUGUCACCAAACGAAAAGAGGAGGAACCAACCAGUAGCAGCAUCUACAACCAGAACGACCCCUGGAUGCCCACUGUGGCCUUUGCUGACUUCAUAAACAAAGAGACCAUUGUAAAUGAGGACUUGGUUGCCUGGAUAACAACUGGUUUCCUUCACAUCCCACAUGCUGAGGAUAUUCCCAACACAGUGACGGUGGGAAACGGAGUCAGCAUUUUCCUGAGACCCUACAAUUAUUAUGACAUAGACCCUUCCAUAUACUCACCUGAUGGCGUCUUUUUCACCAGUGAGCAGGACUCUAGUGUAUGUGAAGUCAACCACGUUGCCUGCCUGUCCAAAAGUGCCUCAUGUUUACCAGCCCUCCCUCCGUUCACCUAUGACGGCUUCCAAAAUCUGACGAGACUGUAAGAGUUAUUGGCCGCAGGGUCUUUGUGUGGUAGAAGAAGUGAAUACUCUGCCCAGAAGAUCCAUUUGCAUAAUGGAGAUCUGUCUUAAAACCCAUUUCUAAUGACUAAGUUUAGCUUUUGAUAAAGUAAUAUCACCAUUAUAAUUGCUUACAAGGGCUGUAUCUAAGAGUUAUGGACUGCAGGGUCUUUAUGUGGUAGGAGAAAUUAAUCUGAUGCACCAGAGUGACUACUCUGCUGAAAAAAAUCUAUUUUUAAUCAUGGAGAUCUGUCUUCAAGUCCAUCUGUUAACGAUGUUGUGUAGCUUUUUAUAUAGUAACUUCACUAUUACAAGGGACUGUGUCUUUAAAGGAAAACAUCACUUUCUCAGUGCGCUGCCAGGUUAGAAUUUGCAUUAGUCUUUUUUAGAACAACAUGUUUAAAUCCAGUCUGUCGCAUGGAGGGAGGCAGGUGGAAGGAGAGCCAAUUCUGUUCCUCUGAUAACAGUAAUAAAUACUGAGUAGUAACUAGCUCAGGUGAAAAUAA